GCGGCCAGACGCCAGCAGCAGCAGCAGCAGCAUCCAGCAGCUCGGGAGGAAGGGUGCGAAGGAGGAGGAGGAGUAGUAGGAAGGGGGGACGACGCACAAACGCAGCUGGCCAUAUUGCACACCAGCUCCGCGCAAAUCGGCUGCGUCACAUCUAAGAAAACACGCACACGCAGCAAGGCUGGAACAAGAAAAGCCGAGCCAUCCAGGGAGGAAGCGCACUGGUUCAUAACGCGACUCGGCAGAGCUGGGCAAAAAUGGUGAAACUGGGGAACAAUUUCGCCGAGAAAAGCAACGGGAAGGAGGCAUCUGAGGAUGGAUUUGACACCAUCCCUCUCAUCACACCGCUAGAUGCCAGCCAGCUGCAGUUCCCCCCAUCCGAUAAGGUGGUUGUGAAGACAAAGGCAGAGUAUGACGGUGAGAGCAAGAAGGGAAAGCUACGGUCCCCUAAAAUUGCAGAGUUCUCAAUAAGCAUCAUCGAGGGUGUCUCCGAGCGGCUCAAAGUGACCCUGCUGGUGAUCUGCGCCCUGGCCUUCCUGGUGUGUGUGGGGUUCCUGGUCGUCUACAAGCUCUACCAGUACGACCAGCCGUGUCCUGACAGCUUCGUUUACGUGCAAGGCCACUGCAUGCCCACCGGGCUCUACGGCAACUACCCCCCCCAGGGCCCCGGGGGCCGCGGGCGCCUCUUCACCCUCAUCAACCGCUACAACAUGGCCAAGCAGACGAUCACUCGGUCGGUUUCUCCGUGGGUGACCAUCAUGUCUGAGGAGAAGGUGACCGAGCAGGAGAUGGAGACCGCCCAGAAGCUGGCCUAAAAUCUCCCUGGGAUCAGGUGGCCUCGCGCCUUUGCUGCAGAAAAAAAAAUAAACGACUGCGCCAUUCAAGCAAACCGUGAAUCCUGUGGAUGAAAAACAAAACAAACAAACAAACAAACAAAAACCCAUAUUAUCUUCCCUGAGGUGCUAUGCUGCCUUGUUGAUGUAGUUUUGGUCAUGUGGAAAUCUGUGGAGGUUCAGAGCACGUCGUCAGCACGGCGAGGCUCGGUUUGGCGGAUUCACGAUUUGUUCGAAUUGCAUACGUCGCUUAUUUAUUGACGCGACGAAACGGAGUGGUUGACAUCGAAGAAACACGCGCACCGUCUUUGUACAUACACACCCAUAUGAAGAAACUCACUUUAGUACUGAGGUCGCGAGCCAUUCUGCGUCUGCAUCGCCUGUCCGAGCGCACAUGCACGCACGACUCGACUCCAGCGGCGACCGGUUCGCUUCGGAUCUCGUUUUUUGAGCACCGACGACAGCUUUUCACGCCUCCGUUCUGUUCUUCUCACGAACUUAGUGCCGGUUCUGUCCCCCUCUUUCUAGCCCCCCCAUCGAUUGUAUCCGUGCAGAAACAUUUUAAUGUCAUGAUAUUGUGAAACGUUAAGCCUUGACCUAAACAGAAAUGUACCAGCAAAAGAAAUAUUUUAAACUGUGUUGUUUUGAGUCCUCUUAUAUGGACUUCUUAAUGAUUGUUCCCACUUUACAUGGACAGCAGACGCUUUUCUUUGCUGGCUUAUUGUGUACCUUAACUACUUGCUUUUCAUAGCACAACUUUAAUGCUGUUGUACUGAAUGUUUUUUUUUAAUAUUAUAGUUUUUACUUUUGCAAGUGAAGACACUGUAUUGUGUGGCGCUUUGCUUUGAUUAAUGUCACCACAGUCGGCGGUUCGCAGCCGCCAGAAACUAGUUUUAGCCUGAUGUAGUGGAACAAUCUGAACCUAGUGGCUUGUCCUGUUGCCUUUCCUUUCUCCUCUCUGUAUUUGCCAUUUAACUCGAACCGUCCCGAUAAAUGUACCUUUUUUUUGUUUUCUUUCUUCCAAGCAAUGUGAUGACUACAAUUAAAGUGCAUUUGCCACAUGAAAAUGUUAAAACGAACAAACGAAAUAAAGUGCUGUCAUUUCAA